ACCCCUGCACAUUUUCCUCCUCCUAACUGGGAGAAGACCCACUGGCUGAAUGGCAGCUGUGGAUAACUUGCGAUUUGAAGAAUUUGGUGAUGCACCCACUUCCCUAGCAACAAACCCAGAUGCUACCACGAUAAGCAUUGAGGAUCCUGGCGAAACCCCAAAACAUCAACCAGGACCUGCAAGAGGCUCCGGGAGAGAAGAGGAUGAUGAGUUACUGGGAAAUGAUGACUCUGAUAAAACUGAGUUACUUGCUGGACAGAAGAAAAGCUCUCCCUUCUGGACGUUUGAGUAUUAUCAAACAUUCUUUGAUGUGGACACUUACCAGGUCUUUGACAGAAUAAAAGGGUCUCUUUUGCCAAUACCCGGGAAAAACUUUGUGAGGUUAUAUAUCCGCAGCAAUCCAGAUCUCUAUGGGCCCUUUUGGAUAUGUGCCACAUUGGUCUUUGCCAUAGCAAUUAGUGGGAAUCUUUCCAACUUCUUAAUCCAUCUGGGAGAGAAGACAUACCAUUAUGUGCCCGAAUUCCGAAAAGUGUCCAUAGCAGCGACAAUCAUCUAUGCCUAUGCCUGGCUGGUUCCCCUUGCUCUCUGGGGUUUCCUCAUGUGGAGAAACAGCAAGGUUAUGAAUAUCGUUUCCUAUUCGUUUCUGGAGAUUGUGUGCGUCUAUGGCUAUUCCCUCUUCAUUUAUAUCCCCACAGCAAUACUAUGGAUUAUUCCCCAGAAAGCAGUUCGUUGGAUUCUAGUCAUGAUUGCCCUGGGCAUCUCAGGAUCUGUCUUGGCAAUGACAUUCUGGCCAGCUGUUCGUGAGGAUAACCGGCGCAUUUCGAUGGCCACAAUCGUCAUGAUUGUGUUGCUUCACAUGCUUCUUUCUGUAGGCUGCUUGGCCUACUUUUUUGAUGCACCAGAAAUGGACCAUCUCCCAACAGCUACAGCUACUCCUAACCAAACUGUUGCAGCAGCCAAGUUCAGCUAAGGAGAAAAAUGGACUCCAGUGAUUGUUGGCAAAGAAGGCCCCAGGGCACAGUGGGCCCCUUCGUGGCACUGAAGGCCAAAGGAAGGAGACAAAGUCUUACUUGACUUGGCCUCUGCAGUGCCCAGCCCAUUUCCCCUUCAUAGUGGGAGGAUGGGCUCAGGGCCACCCUUUACCCUUGUCAUUCCCACCUUUAUUGACAGUGCUCUGGCCUCUGUGGGCCAGGCCUUGGGGACCUAGAAAAUCAGAUUCAGCCUUGGCCUCAUGGUGGGGUGAACAGCCUACUAGAUAAUGCCAUGUGGUAUGAAAAGUGCCUCAGGCAUGUUGUCAACUGAGCACUGUGUGACUCAGGUGGCUGCAAGGGCUGAGAGUGGGAGUCCUUGCUAGAACUAGGUCCUGAAGGUUGAGUAGCAGACAGAUAGCCAGCUUCAGGCUGAUCAAGGGAACAUGGUGGGUGACACCAUGUGUGUCCCAGGAGCACAGUUGCCUGGACCUCUUCUUGGCCCAAGAUACCCUACAUCAAACUUGUGAGGGUUCUUUUGACGUCCUGCUGAGUGAGACUGCAGUUCCUUCUUUACCUUUCCUUGUAAAGUCUCCAGUCCAAGAACCACAGCUGCUGUAACCUGUGGGAAUCAAGCAGAGUCCAAGGAGAGCCGGCCUCUUGGGGUCCUUGAACUCAAUCUUUGACUCCAUAGACUUGCUCAGAUCUGUAAACUUAGGUGUCAGCAUCUCCAUCUGGGCGUCAUGUCUUCAAAUGAGAGAGACGAACAGCUCCUUUGCAGCCUCCCUGACAGAAGCAUCCAUCGCUUUGCCAAGAAGAGAGGCUGUCCAGGCCCUGGGUGCUGCAGACCUGUGAGCUGGCCGUGCCUUCUGCUGUAAUCUCUGGACUCAAGCUCUCACCAAAAUAGAAUGGCUUCUAAUUUCCAUGAAAAUCUUCCCCAUGUAAAUCUCUGUACAUUGGCAGCCUUAGCCUGGAACUGGUUUCUGGGAGAGCUUUAACUGUUUCUCUCCCUGAAACCUCGGAAUCCCAGGGGAGCUUCUGACUACUUGUAAGUAGGGAAUCUCCUCCUGCAUUGAGUCACUGACGUGGCAUGAAAAAUGUCUGGCUUCUGUCCUUCCUUCUUCACUAACUUCCUGUCUGGGGGUAUUGCGUAUUUCUUCUGUGAGCCAGGACCCUGGUACAGCCUGGAAAGUGGACCUGGGAAGCUCAGCUUUAGCUUGAAGCGUGGAACCUGUGAAGGGCCAAGCCCAGAGCUGGCUGCCUUCCCGUGGGUGGUGACGAGUGCCUCAGUCUGGAGGCUUCCAGCAGAUAAUUGUACUGCAGUGUGAUAAGGGUGUUAAUAAUAGAUGAACAAAGGACUUCUGGAGAGUCCUUUGUAAUUAAAACCCUCCUGAUUUGAUAUACAGGAUCUGCAUGUAAUUAUCUCUUUACUUGCUCAUGUUGAGAGUGUUCACUUUAUAAGCCACUUUGCUGGGUUUAUACACAUCAAUUCUUUAAUUCUAAAAUCAGCUUUAACCCAGUGCUGUAAUCUCCGCUAACACAGCAUCCAGACUGCAUGCGGUCACACAUCACUGAUACUGCUUUCCAUCCUCUCCACAGGUCUGAUGUGCCCCUGCCCGGAGAAUGCAUUUUCAGCCUCUGGGAUGUUUCUUUCUGGGUUUUUUUUUUACCUCUAGUACUGGGGAUCGAACUCAGGACUUUGUGCUUGCAAGGCAGGCGUGGUGCCACUGAGCUAAAUCCCCAGCCCUCUUUCUCAGUUUUCUUUGUUCCUUUUCUUAAAGGUAGAUUGGGGGAACCUGGGACAGGAAAUGAGUUAAUACAGUAACUUUUUAUUCUUUUUAACUUAAUGGAAAAUUUUAACAGACAAAAGUAGAAUAAAUAGUAAAUGCAAACUUA